UUUUCCUUGUUAGACUUCAGAUUUUCCAACCUCUCGAUAAUUUUCAAGACAUGACAUCUGUGAUGUUGCAAAAUGUCCGUUUAAAACUUUGAGAGUUAUCUGCCUCUGCAUAAGUGUUGUGUUUCAACUACAGAAGAAAUGAAAAAAAAGUACAUCAAAACAUCAAGAUGUCAAUGAUUGUAAAUUAACCAAAGAAUUUUCUUAAUUUUAGUAGAAGAAUGUUUUAAAAGAAUACUGUUUUAAUAUUGUCGAUUCACUUUUCGAUAUAUCCACGAACUGUGUUCUUGAUCUUAUUUUACUUUUACAUCGACGAAAUGAAGAGAGCACGUAUAAAAGCUAUGGUUAGUGUACCGCCACGACGAAAAGUGACACAGGACACGUCAGUUACCGAAACUGUUAAUGUAAUUGAAUGCGACGAAAAAAAUAAAAGUAAAUCCGAUGAUACUUGUUUGGUAUUACAAGAAACUCCAGAAAAUGAUUCUCAAGAAAAGCAAGUAGAGGAAAAUUUAGCGAUCAUAGAGCAGACGCAAAGUGAACAGCUGCGCCAUAACAAGCAAGACACCCAAUGUGAAGACGAAUCUAAACAAAAUUCGGAUGAAUCGAGAAAAGAGACUACACAAUCGUCAGAAAAUUUAAAUACAACACAAAUUGUUACUCCUAUAAAAUCAGCACAAUGCAGAGUAGGCUAUAUAAGACCGACACCUAAAUUAGACAGUGGUGGUAGAGUACGAAGAAAUAGCAUACAGGGAAGUGGAGCAAGUGCAAGCGAAUCAGAAGAUGAUAGUAGGAGAGUAAAUUGUGCCACAAUCAAUCACACAAGAAACGAUUUGAUUCACUCAGCAGAAAGUGUUAAGGACACUAUUGCUAAUAAUACUAAGAACUUACAGAAAUCAAAAAUAGGUCAGAAGAGACGUAUUUUAGUUUCAGAAUCUGCGAGAAAAUUAGCAGAAGCUAGAAGGGAAUUUCAUAUUAAGCAUGAAAAUAAAACGCCAGAUAGAACUAAGCUUACAAUGUAUGAUCUAAUAUAUUAUAAUCCUAUUACUAAUCCCAUGAAGAGGUCUAAAGAAUCUGGGAUGGUCGCAAGAAAAAUUUCAGAAUGCCAAUCUGAAGAAAUCCAAGAAGAAGAAGAAGAAAAUGUGGACGAUCCGUCAUCUGCAAUGCCUGUACCUCAAGUAAAAGUUGGACCAGAUGGUCAGUUAAUAAUAGAUGAACAAAGUCUUGUUAUAGAACAAACUAAUGCAAAAAAAGGUAAAGAAGUAUUAUCUAAGGACGCUGUUGUUGACGAUGAUAACAAUGGAAGUGGAUUCUAUAAAAAACGUCAAAAAAGUAAAGAGUGGACUAAAUGGGAAACUUUGAAAUUUUAUAAAGCAUUGAAUACAGUGGGUACGGAUUUCCUGCUGAUGCAAAGUCUUUUUCCAAAUAGAACACGGCAAGAGAUUAAAUUAAAAUUUAAGAAAGAAGAAAAAGUAAAUAGGAACUUAGUUGAAAAAGCACUUGCAUACCAUCAAGAAUUUGAUACCGAUAUGUUAGAGAAAUCAUUGGCCACGUUUGAAAGCUCAGAAAAAGAGCAUUCUGAUACGCUAGAAAAACGGAAGCUACAAAGGCCGGCGGAAAAGAAAAAAUUCAAAAUAUCGAAAAAACGGAAAUGCAGGAUCGUAGCAACUAGUAUUGCUGAAAUGGAUGCUUCGGACGAAGAAGAAAAUUGUUUAGAGUUCAUGGUACAGAAUGAAAAUCUAGAGAAAGAGCAAUGCGAAGAAGUAUUUAAUAAGACUAAUAAAAGAAGUCAUAAAGGGUCGAGAGAAGAGGUAAAAAUAUUAGAGAAGUCAUCGAUAGAAAUAGAUGAUGUGCAAUCAUUAAGUGUAUACAAUGGAUUCGAUAGCGAUUCAGAGGUCUAUCAUGUCAGACCAACUAGAUCCGGAAGAUUACCAAAAGUAAAAAAAUUACAAGGACCGGAUAUAAAUACGCUUGACAAUGAAAUAUUAAAUUAUGGUUCUAUCGAUCACGAAACUAUAACAUCGCCAAAAGACGACUUGAAAAUUGCAAAUAAUUUAAUCAUCGAUAAUAUUAAUACUAAUCAAGAAACUCAAUGUACGAGUUCUGUUAAAACAGUCAUACCAAAUAUUGAUAAUGUUGAGCCAGGAUCAUUAGUUAUUUUAUCAAAGGAAUCGCCAGAGGAACCUGGAAAAAGUGUUUUACAAGUUUAUAUGGUUAGUUCUAACAUUAAUUCUUCUCAAACUCUCAAGGAAUCUAACAUUACAUCUGUAAAUUUACCACCAGAACUCUUAGCAACUGUAAGUACCAAAUUAUCGGAUGCUGAAUCGAUUACAGUAAAACAAGAAUACGAAUAAUUUGUUUUACAAUAUACGAGUCCCUCAGAAGGCUAACUGAUUAAUUUUAGUGAAUUCUAUAGUUUCUGUGAAUUUCCAAGAUUUUAAGCUAUUCACAUGUUUCUACAUUAAAGGCUGUCUUUCGUAUUCCUCUUUCAAUGUAACAUUCCUUUACUUUGAGAGACGCUGCAUUAAUGCACAUGUGACGGUUUCUUCAAAGUGACUGAAUUCUCUUCCAAAUGUUUCUGAACCAACCGGUCUCGUUUGCGAGAAAUUAGACAGAAAAAGGAAAUUUAUAUAAAACAAUUUAAAUUAGAAACCUAUUCUAGCAUGUAUACAUCAUUUUUUUUAUUGAUUAUAAAGUUAAGUUUUUACAAAAGCAAUAAGUUCGUUAGAGUGGAAAAAAGAAAUACAAUAUGCUUGAGUGUUUUAACGCAUAAAAAUAAUAAACAAGUUUAUAUAGAACUCA